AUGGGCCGCCCCGCUGCCACCGCCGCACUGCUCUGCCAGCUGGGGCUGACCGCGGCCAUCCAGUGGCUGCCCGACCAGUUCCGGAUGUGUCGGAGGAACCUGGAGGUCAUGGGCAGCAUCGUCCGUGCCGCUCGCCAGACCAAGAGCGUCUGCCAGAAGACCUUCGCAGACAUGAGGUGGAACUGCUCCUCCAUCCAGCGUGCCCCCAGUUUUGGCCCUGACCUGCUGAAAGGAACCCGGGAAUCCGCCUUCGUCUACGCCCUGGCUGCCGCCGCCGUCACGCACUCCAUCGCCCAGGCCUGCACCUCGGGAGAGCUCCCGCUCUGCUCCUGCGGCUCCGUCCCCUCGGAGGUCCCCGGGCCGGAUUUCAGAUGGGGUGGCUGCGGGGACAACCUGCGCUAUGGCCUCCAGCUUGGCGCUGCUUUUGCUGACAGUCCCUUAAAAUCCAGCAAGCCGGGGACACAAGCGCUCAAGGCCAUGAAUCUGCACAACAACGGGGUGGGCAGGCAGGUGCUGAGUGACUCCCUGGAUACCAAGUGUAAAUGCCACGGUGUUUCAGGCUCCUGUUCGGUGAAGACUUGCUGGAAGGGACUGCCAAACCUGGAGGAGAUUGCUUCGGACCUCAAGUCCAAGUACCUGGCAGCCAUCAAGGUGACCCACCGGCUCAUAGGGCCCAGGAAGCAGCUGAUACCCAAAGAAAUGGACACCAGGCCAGUGAAAGAGAUGGAUCUGGUUUAUCUCAUCAACUCUCCUGACUAUUGCACUCCGAAUCUCCACCUGGGGUCCCUGGGGACACAGGACAGGCAGGGCAACAAGACCUCCGUGGGCAGCGACGGCGGCGACCUGAUGUGCUGCGGCCGCGGCUACAACACCUACACGGAGGAGGUGGUGGAGCGGUGUCACUGCAAGUACCACUGGUGCUGCUACGUGGUGUGCAAGACGUGUCGGCGGAAGGUGGAGAGAUACGUCUGUAAGUAA